UAUACAGCAAUUGCCCAUAAUGCCAAAGGAUUUGACGCUGUUAUCAUUCAAAAAUGGCUCAUACAAUAUCGGCCGACAUCCGAUAUGCAUGUCAUUCAUUCGGGUCAGAAAGUAAUGGAACUAUUUUUAAAAGAUUAUCAGAUGACGCUAAUCGACUCGUUAAACUUCCUAAGUAUGCCUCUUUCCGAUUUGCCCGAAACGUUUGGAUUAGAUCUGUCGAUGUAUUCGAAAGGCGAUUUCCCUUUUAAAUUUAACACACGAGAAAAUCAGAAAUACGUUGGACCUAUUCUGGCUCUUGAAUAUUAUAGCCCCGACGCAAAGUCAAAAUGUAAAAGAGAUGAGCUAAUUGCAUGGCAUCAGAACUUAAUUGAUGAGGGAUACGUUUUGGACUUUCAAAAAGAAAUGUACAAAUACUGUUCUCAAGAUGUAACUAUUUUGCGUUUGUGUUGCAUGGAAUUCAGAAAGUUGUUUUUGGCCGAAACACGUGUAGACCCAUUUUGUUAUUGCACAAUUGCAUCUUCGGUCAUGGCAGUGUUUCAUUCAAACUAUUUAAAAGAAAAAACCAUUGGCAUUGUACCCAGGAAUAUGUAUCGUGAUAGCAAUAAACCGUAUUCAAACAGUGCCAUUGAGUGGCUGGAGUUUGUUUCCUUUCAAACAAAAAGCAAUAUCAAACACGCUCUUCAUAAUGGGGGGGAGAAAGUUAUUCAUGACUCGUUGUUAAAUAAACAUUAUUAUGUCGACGGAUUUUGUGAAGACACAAACACCGUGUAUGAGUUCUACGGAAAAGUUUAUCACGGCUGCCCUUUAUGCCUGGAUUUGAAGAGUGAAAAUCCUUACCGUACAGGUACAACGCCAAGAGAAGCAUAUAACCGAACCAUUGACCGUGAAAAAAGAUUAACGGAGUUAGGAUAUAAAGUAAAAACCAUAUGGGAGCAUGAUUUCAAGCAACUCAGACAAACUCCUCAAAUGCAGCAUUUUUUAAACACACAUGAAUUUAUAACAGACCUUUACCCUGCCGAUAGCUUUUUUGGUGGAAGAGUUGAGGGUUUUAAACUGUUUCGUAAGGCCGAAGAAAAUGAGAAAAUCUUUUAUAACGAUUUUACAAGUCUUUAUCCAUUCGUUAUGAAAAAUUGCCGUUAUCCUAUAGGUCACCCUACAAUUAUUCGCAAAAAUUUUGAAGAUCUUUCAAAUUACUUCGGUUUGAUUAAGUGUCGCGUUUUGGCACCGGCAGGCUUGUAUCAUUCCGUGCUCCCGAUGAAAGUUAAUGGUAAAUUAAUGUUUCCAUUGUGUAAGCAAUGUGCUAUAACAGCCUCAGCAGAAUGUCAUCAUUCCUAAAACCGGCGUUCAUUUUGCGGGACUUUUACGACCAUUGAAAUGAGCAAGGCAAUCGAAAAAGGCUACAAAAUUUUGGAGGUGCAUGAAAUUUGGCAUUUUGAAGAAACAUCGGACAGUUUAUUUAGUGAAUAUGUAAAUUUCUUUUUGCGGUUGAAACAAGAAGCUUCGGGCUUUCCGGAUUGGGUAAACUCAGACGCAGACCAGGUAAAAUAUAUCGACGACUAUCUAAAGCACGAGGGAAUUCAAUUGCGUAAGGAAAUAAUUGUGAAAAAUCCAGGUUUAAGAGCGCUAGCAAAACUUUGUUUAAACUCGCUUUGGGGUAAAUUUGCACAACGUAAUGAUAUGUUAAUUACGGAGUUUAUUCACGAUCCGCUUGUAUUUUACAAACGAUUAAAUAGCGCAGACACUGAAAUUCACGACAUGCAAUUACUGAAUGAUGAUUUAGUCGAAGUUGUAUACAAGCGUGAUUGGGAGUUUCAAAAAGAAAAUAAAACAACAAAUAUUUUUAUUGGUAUUUUUACAACUACAUGGGCACGUUUGGAGCUCUACAGUUUGUUAGAUUUACUAGGAAUUAAUUCGCUCUAUGUCGACACAGACAGUUGUGUGUAUGUUGCAAAGCCUGAUUCUCCAAAGCCUCCUUUAGGAGACUAUUUAGGAGAUUUGACCGAUGAAAUUGGUGAAGGCGAACACAUUACUGAAUUUGUCUGUGGGGGCCUAAGAAUUAUGCUUUUACAGUUAGUAAUGGCGAGCAACACUGUAAAAUAAGAGGCUUUACAUUGAAUUUUAAAAAUAGCUUGCUUUUAAACUUCGACACGUUAAAAGAUAUGAUUUAUAAUUAUGUUGAAAAACCGUCAACUGUACAAAUAGAAGAAAGUAAAAUAGUCAGGGAGAAAUGGUCGCAUAAACUUGUAAAUAAAAAUCAAAUUAAGAAAUAUCAAGUUGUCUUUGACAAACGUAUAAUAAUAGACGGAGGUGCCGAUACCAUUCACUACGGCUAUAAUUGGUUUCCGUCAGCGGAAAUUUCCAACAGUUUACCUCAGAUCGCACGCGAAGCCGUGGCUAAUGAUAUUUUAUUCACAUCCGUGCAUCCAACCGCACUAGAAAAUUACAAUGAAUGUAUGACAGGUCAAGGUGAAUGCAGCGAGUCGAUUGAUUUAAUGGAAACCGACUCUGAAGACGAAGAAAGCUUUUCCGAAAGACAAUCCGAUGUGGAGUUUCUUGACGACAUUGAUCACUCCGACAGUGAACUUUCGUUUUACAGACAGAUUGAUAAUCAAGUAUAGAGUCGAGACAGACUGAGGUUGUUUGACACAUUUCUACACUGGACAAGGCUAACGAUGAUUGAACACGAUACGCAGUCAUUUCUAUGUGAUCGGUAUGUGCAGACGGGAAACAGCGACGACAAUUGCGAGCCAUGCAAUACAUCAACGUUAUACAGACAAAUAUGGAAACUAUCGUAGAAGGAACCAACACAUAAAAGUUGACAGUUGUUUCUUUCGCUGAUGGAACUAAAUACAUGAACGAUGAAGACGAUACCAUUGAUUCUGACAGUGACGGUGAUAACGAUAAAGACGAAGACGACAGCUGCGAAUGAAACGGUGAUGAUGCUGAUGGUGAUAGUGGGGUAACAGUGGUAAUAACGACAACAGAGGCGAUGACUUUGAAGUUGAGAAUGAUAUCGUUGAAUGUGGAGGAAUUGACGGCGUGGACGGCGACAACCGCAAAGAUGUAGACAAUAACAACAGCGACGGUGAUGAGGUUGAAAUGGAGGUUGACAUGUUAAAAAAAAAAAAAAAAAAUCCGUGAGGGGCGAAUAUAAAACUUUUGGCGGGACGACGGAACGUGAGAUGAUUUACAUGGGGUGGACAUAAUCAACGACGAUGGUAGAAGAGAAAAACUGACUGAUGACUGAGGCAAACGAUUGCUUGUGGUUGACGUAUACGGAAAAAGUUGUGUCACAAGCGAAAAUGAGUUCACAGACAACAAAUAUAAAUCUUUCUUUCGGGCUGGACACGGAUCAAACAACACAUUUAACAUUGAGAAAUUGACAGGACAGGACAGAGGGUUUUCACGUAAAUCAAUGUACAUAAGUCUUGGGUACGCACGGAAUAACAUCCAGUUCAUUCACACCUUUAAUGUUGUUUCGUCUCAACGACAAAAUCCGUAUUCGUGCAUCUUUUACCGUUCUGACAGGAACAUGCUUGAGAUCCAUGUUAGAACAAUCUAACAUAUGAUAUCGCUUCACAUAACCGCAUUUUUCACCGUGGUUUGCACAGCCAUAAGGAAAAAACAUACAGACAGCAAGGAAUUCAUUAUGGAAAAUUGGAAAAGUUACAAACAACUCUUGUGAAAUAUGAAUGUUGCGAACUAUGAAUGUAGUUACAAAAUGAAUGAACGAUUAAAAGACAUGCCUAUGCUUGUGAGGAUUUUAAAGUAAACCCUCAAGUGCUUUUCAAAAUUUUCUGUCAUAAAUAUCUGCUAAAGUAUGAUGUGCUCAUAUAUAAUCAAUAGAGAUUUUUGUUGCUUGAUUGAUGUAGAUAAUUAGAAAAAUAUUUAAUAAAAAUUGUUCAUUGUCCAAUGUA